AUGGAUGCAGUGGCCCAAUGCCCACUGGCCAGCUGGUCCACUCCGUCGAUCUCGUCUUCUUCCUUUCCACGGCACACGGCAGCGCUGACGGAAUCACUCACUGGCCACUCAACUUGCUACUCAUACCCGAUGAUCAACUGAGCCAAUAUAUACACUCGUUCUCUUCAGACUUCAGUGCAAGAUCACGAUUCACGAGUCCGCGAUGGCAGGACGUGGUGGAGGAGGAGAGCUGCGGCUGCUGGGGACGUGGUCGAGCCCGUGGGUGAUCCGGGUGAGAGUGGCGCUGGGGAUGAAGGGGCUGAGCUACGAGUACACCGAGGAGGACCUCUCCAGCAAGAGCGACCACCUGCUCAGGUCCAACCCGGUGCACGAGAAGGUCCCCGUCCUCAUCCACGGCGGCCGGCCGGUGUGCGAGUCGCUCGUCGUCCUGGAGUACAUCGACGAGACCUGGGGAGCCACCGGGACGCCGCAGCUCCUCCCUGCCGAUCCCUACGACCGCGCCACCGCGCGUUUCUGGACCAACUACGUCAACGACACGUUUUUCCCGUCGUGGAAAGUGCUGUUCAGGUCGACGGCGGCGGAGCAGAGAGCUGAGGCGUUCAAGAACGUCGUCCCUCGCGUGGAGGCGCUGGAGCGAGCGUUCGGGGAGUGCUCCAAGGGGAAGGCCUUCUUCGGCGGGGACGACGCGGGGCUCGUCGACGUCGCGCUCGGGAGCCAUCUGGUGUGGAUCAAGGUGGUGGACGAGGUGGCCGGCGCCAACCUGCUCGACGAGGCCAAGUUCCCGGGCUUGGCGGCGUGGGCGGAGCGGUUCUUGGCCGUCGACGCUGUCAGGCAGGUGAUGCCCGACGCCGGCGAUGUUCUGAAGCAGUACAAGGGGUUCCUGGCCAAAUGGACUGCAGGCGCUGGUUCGAGCUGAACCUGAACACAACGGCGUUGCCUGCUUUCGUCUUCGUGGAUUUUCUAGGUGUAGAAAAUACUUUCUGCUUCGGGGAUCUGUACUUUGAGGAGUACGUUGACACGCGUGAUGAAUAACAGUUUUCUUUUUUGUUUCAUAAAAGGAGGGAAAUGUUGACACGCUGUUCAGUGAACUACUUUAGUGUUUCUAGACGAACCACUUAGUUGAUUUGCUAAGCACACUUUUAAACGGCAAAUAUCGUUCUUCCUUGUCACGAAA